CGGUACCCCGGAAGUUCCUGAGUGUCGGGUUAUCCGGGUCACCUUUGUUACAUCACGUCAGGAAGCGGCGCUACAACCGGUUGCGGAGAUUUGUAAUCCGGGCGGAACCUUCCCCCGGUGUGCGGACGCCAUGUUCUCGCUCAGCAGCACGGUGCAGCCGCAGUUUACAGUACCGCUGAGUUACCUGAUCACAGCAUUCCACUCUCCCAAAACCACAGCGUACUUCCCAAGCGCUGCCUCCCUGAAGGUCGUCCAGCGUGAAGUCGCCAAUGACAGUGAGACAUGCACUACAGAGCCUGUGUUCAACCUGAGGGACCUGGGUUUAUCUGAGCUGCGGGUUGCACAGCUUGACGAGAUCUUCUCAAGACUUCUUCCUGGCUUCUUUGCUGAUAAAAAGAAAAGCCCAUCAAACUGGCACACAUCUCAUGUAUCUGCACAGUCUUUCUUUGAAAAUAGAAAUGGCUAUCCCAGCACUGUAAAUGCUUUGCGUCUAUACCACCACCACCAGCAGCAGAUGAGCCCACUGAAGCAAGCUUGUGCAGACCUGCAGCACUGGCCAGUAUAUACACAGUCUCGAGGAUUCAAGACUGUCAACACAAAAGACAGACGGCUUCAGUCAACCUCUGAACGUAUUGCGGCCACUGAAAGAUCUGCACCCUCGUUUAUGAAGGGAUUUUUGAUGAGAGAUAGGAUUCCAGAUGUGGAAAACUUGGACAAGAUUGUGAAAAGUAAAAAUGUCCCUGAAGGACAGCAGGAUGCUUUUAAGACCGGCUUUGCAGAAGGAUUCCUGAAAGCACAAGCUCUCACUCAGAGGACUACAGAGUCACUGAAGAGGACACGGUACAUACUGUUAGCUGUGAUCAUACUUGGACUCUACGGCUUAUCCAAAACACCGUUUUUGUCAGUCCGUUUCCGGGCAACAUCUGGCCUUGAUGCAGCUGUAGAUCCAAUUCAGAUGAAAAAUGUAACGUUUGAUCAUGUAAAAGGGGUUGAAGAAGCAAAAAAUGAACUACAGGAAGUGGUUGAGUUCUUGAAAAAUCCUCAGAAGUUCACUGUUUUAGGGGGAAAGCUUCCAAAAGGUAUUCUGUUAGUUGGACCACCUGGCACAGGGAAAACCCUCCUGGCUCGAGCCGUCGCUGGGGAAGCUGAUGUUCCUUUCUAUUACGCAUCCGGUUCUGAAUUUGAUGAGAUGUUUGUUGGGGUUGGAGCCAGUCGCAUUAGGAAUUUAUUCAGAGAAGCUAAGGGUAAUGCACCCUGUGUUAUAUUUAUCGAUGAGUUGGAUUCAGUUGGAGGUAAAAGGAUUGAGUCUCCCAUGCACCCAUACUCCAGACAGACAAUAAACCAACUGCUGGCAGAAAUGGAUGGCUUUAAGCCAAAUGAAGGCGUUAUAAUCAUUGGAGCAACAAAUUUCCCUGAAGCCUUGGAUAGUGCAUUGGUAAGACCUGGACGCUUUGACAUGCAAGUCACAGUUCCCUUGCCUGAUGUGAAGGGUCGCUCAGAGAUUAUAAAAUUGUACCUCAACAAAAUCAAAUAUGAUGAGUCGAUUCAAGCCGAAAUAAUAGCCCGUGGCACAGUGGGAUUCUCGGGAGCAGAGCUGGAGAAUUUGGUUAACCAGGCUGCUUUAAAAGCUGCUGUGGAUGGGAAAGACAUGGUUAGCAUGUGGGAACUAGAGUUCGCUAAGGACAAGAUUCUUAUGGGACCUGAGAGAAGAAGUGUAGAAAUCGACGACAAGAAUAAAACCAUCACUGCUUACCACGAAUCCGGCCAUGCUAUUAUUGCAUAUUAUACCAAAGAUGCAAUGCCUAUUAACAAAGCGACAAUCAUGCCUCGGGGGCCAACUCUUGGUCAUGUGUCUCUUCUGCCAGAGAAUGAUCGGUGGAGUGAGACAAAGUCUCAGCUUUUAGCUCAGAUGGAUGUGAGCAUGGGAGGAAGAGUGGCAGAGGAAAUAAUUUUUGGGCCAGAAUAUAUCACCACAGGGGCUUCUAGCGACUUUGACAAUGCUACCAAAAUUGCAAAGCUCAUGGUGACCAGAUUUGGGAUGAGCGAAAAGCUUGGAGUCAUGACUUAUUCUGAUACAGGGAAACUGAGCCCAGAAACGCAAGCUGCUAUUGAACAAGAAAUUCGAGUUCUGCUCAAGGAUUCGUAUGAACGGGCAAAACUUAUUCUAAAAAAUCGUGCCAAGGAGCACAAGAACCUGGCAGAGGCUUUAUUAUCGAAUGAGACAUUGGAUGCCAAAGAGAUUCAGAUGGUAGUAGAAGGAAAGAAGCUGGAAAAAAGAUGAUACGGUCGGGACCGUGUAAUAAACGUUGGACUUUUGUUUUAUUGUCACUGCAGCAUAGCUCAUUUGUUAUUUCACUUAUUUUUACUUAAGGUAUGCUUUCUGAUUCCUCAAUCUAAAUAUUUAGAUGUCAUCUAUUGCAAGAUGUGGCUUCUCAGAAGUUCCAUUAGGCAGUAUGUUGACAGAGGUCUGUAAAGAGAGGCAGUGCAGAUGGUGUGGGGGGGAUCUCAGGGCAGAAUGAUUGGUAACAGGCAGCAGAAAUAUCCCACAAUGCAUUUCCCCAGGCAUGGUGUUGCCAGUGUUUGAUGUCUAAGAGGCUUUGUCUGUCACUGCUACCGUUUACGCUCAGUACGUGGCCUCUUGGUGCUCCAGUCAUCUACUGCCAGUAUGCGUGUCCAUGUGCAAAGCAACUGCACAGCAUAGUGCUAUCGUACUUUAAUGCUUGACACCUUGUAAAUACCAGCAAUCAAGAUCACCAUGUCUAGAGGAGGAAUCUGCUGCUCUUCUGCAAAAAUAUAAAGAGACAACAGACUUCAUUUGACAUCUAAAUAGGUUUAUAUAAGCAAUAUUGGUUACUUUAAGCCUUUGGUUAAUUUCAUCUAAUUUCUGUCUUCAUGAAAGGGUUAACUUCCAGGCCAAGGGAUUCAUAAAGCCUGAUUCUUACCAGCCCAAUUUCUGGUAAGGAUUAAGGCUUGAAAAUUAGUGACUCGUGGUGGUGGUGGGGAGGCAAGCACUGUGGUCAUAUACUAGUUCAGGCACCUAGAAAAGCCCACACAUACCUGUUGCAUUUUCGAAUAGUGUUUUAAAACUUGCCCCCCCCCCCCCUUUAUACUUUCAUCUUGGCUCAUUACUAGGAUUGGUUGAAUGUCUGCCCUGUAGAAAUAUGUGAAUGAUGAGGGGUUCUUCAAGUAAUGGCUCUACCAAUAAAGUUGGAAGCUUUGAACUGUAAAAAUGGCCAGCAAAGGAAGCCUCAGCUAUUGCAGAUAUAUGCAGGCACUUCUGGUUGCCUGCACUGUAUGCAUAGAAUUGGCUUUUUUUUUUUUUUUUUUUUUUAACAGUCCUCAACUCCGAGCCACAUAUGGUACAAUGGGUGCACAUGGUCAUUUUAGUGUGAGUGCUGGGAUCCUAAAUUCAGCAGAACAGAAGGCCAAUACAAGAGCUCCUUUUUAUGUCCUCUAAAAGUUCUGAUGAACACUCAUUCUUUAAAGCAGCCAAA